GGACAAAGACGGAUCGAAGGAUCAAAAGUCGUGGGGGAAUCAAUUUGGGAAUUAGGAGGUUCACAGAAAUCUGAAAUCUAAAAUCAUGGGAAGGCUAUUCAUAGAAACACUGAGCGGCAUAAAGAUCUUCAAAUGCAGAUGUUGCAAGGUGGACACUGCCUCCCACAGCGAAAUCGUUUCCAAGGACUUUCAGGGCCGUUACGGCAGAGCUUAUCUCUUCAGAAACGUGGUGAAUAUAUGUCUUGGGCCUAUUGAAGAGCGGAAUUUGAUUAGUGGAUUGCAUAUUGUGAAUGAUAUUUACUGCAGUUCUUGCCAACAAAUUCUGGGUUGGAAAUAUGAGAAGGCUUAUGAACCAGGCGAGAAGUAUAAAGAAGGAAUGUACAUCCUAGAGAAGGAACGACUGAUGAAGGAAGGGUGGUGAUGCCUGACUGUGAACAUUUGCAAGAUAGAACAAAGGCCAUCUCUAUGCAAUCAUAGACGGUUGAAGUAGACUAUGUAAGUAGACAGUGGUUAAGCAGCUGGUGCGAGAUUAGGAUAAAACCUUUUGGAUUAGGAGAACUAAAUCACAAUUAUUGUGUUUUAUAUAGUGGAUCUCUGGCUUUGUGUUGUCGAGAGGGAUCUCCAGAAAACUGUGGGAACUAUGCCCCGGUUUGUCACAUUUUGUAGUUUAAUGAUACUGCUUAACUCAGGCCCUAUGUUGCCUACAUUUUACCUGCGGGCUAUCUUAUAUGCUAUUCUAUGAUCUAUGUUGAGGACAUGAGCAACUAUAGUUUUGGAUGGUUGAUCUUUGAGAUGUAAUGAAAGUUUCCAGGCUGAAAGUUUUACUAAUU